UGGGAUAGGCUACACUCAGAUGUGGUAUGAAAGUGUUCUGCAUGAUAUAGAUCUUCACCCCUCGGCACGGCUCAGAGGUAGCUGGCCCUGGGACACUCAUGAAUCCCCUGCUCGAUAUCCUGGUGCUAACCUAUUCUUAACAGAUGACGGAGCGGGUGGAAUUGAGUUCAACAUGAAUGCAACAUCCCCUGACGAUCGCAUUUUUGACCCUGGUCCCGUUCGCUCGUUCAGGUGGUGGGAUGGGCGGAGUAAACAGCAGGACGACACCACCCGGAGUUCUACAGGAUAG